AUGUGGGCUACGAGUUUAAUGCGGGGAAAGUUCUUUGCUGGUUUCCGAACUACCUCACGCUGCGAAGGUAUGCAUUCACAAAUUUGUAGGAUUGUGCGUUCCCGAAAUAGCUUACUUGAGUUUGUGCAGUACUUUGAGCGCUAUGUGAAUUACAUGAGUUGGAGAGAAGUUGAUGCAGACUAUAAGUCAGUAGUUGGAGAUGCUGCUUUGCAGACAAAUGUGCAAGCCUUGGAACGAUGUGCUGCAAAUGUUUACACUAGGACUGUUUUCCUCAAAUUCUGUCCCUGGCUAAAUAGUGGUAGCGUAAUGAAGGUUGGCAUGAUAAAGGAGACUUCAUCAUGUGUGAUAUACUCCAUGUAUAAGUAUUGUAAACCGGGUAAGCUGUGGCAUGUGGCUCAUGACGAAAAAUUGUCUACGUUUAGAUGUUCUUGUCAGCGGAUGGAGAUGUUUGGUCUUCCUUGUGAUCAUAUAAUUGGUCUGCUGGUGCAUCUUGACAUUGACGUCAUACCAGAUUGUCUAUUAUUGCCAAGAUGGGGUAAGGCAGCGAAGGAAUGUAUGAAAGGCAACAAUGAAUCGACCUUCAAAUUCUGGGAGUCCACAGUUUUGGCUAGAUUGGGUUCCUUGGUAAUGAAAAGCAGAGAAAUGUUUAACCUGGGCUGUGAAUCUUUGGAGGACUAUCUGGAUACCGUGGAUGUCAUGGUGAAGCAUAUAGCCAAACUGAAGGCUAAAAAGGAUGCUGCCAACACAACAUGCGGUGAUAACGGUGACACCCCAAAGGAGGGGGAUGGGUUUGUAUUCUGCCACAACAUUUACAUCACACAAAAUCCAUCCAUUGCAUAUAGUUUAAUUGACUUUAUUUAUUGCAGGUUGGAAUAUGGUGGCUGA